AUGGCGCGUGAAGGCGCGUGCCCGCACGCAGGGCACUUCCCUGGGAAAGGGCUGGAUGUCGCCGGCGUCGCGGUGCGGCCGUGGCGGCCGGUGCCGGGGCUGCGGCGCAGAGAUAAGGCUGCGGCGCCGUCUCUGCAGAGCGCCCUGCGGCGCUCGGGGGACGCCGCGCUGCGGCUGCAGGUAACGAACCUCAGCUCUCCCGAGAGCGCGAUCCCCGGCGGGAUCGAGGUGCUUCAGUCCCUCACGGAGAAGGAGGUGCAGCAGUGGUACAAGGGCUUCAUCAAGGACUGCCCCAGCGGGCAGCUCGACGCCGCCGGCUUCCAGAAGAUCUACAAGCAGUUCUUCCCCUUCGGCGACCCCACCAAAUUCGCCACCUUCGUCUUCAACGUCUUCGACGAGAACAAGGACGGCAGGAUCGAGUUUUCCGAGUUCAUCCAGGCGCUGUCGGUCACCUCCCGGGGGACGCUGGACGAGAAGCUGAGGUGGGCCUUUAAGCUCUACGACUUGGACAACGACGGCUACACA